AAAUGACCGAGACCAUGGUGACGGCGACAACGUGCCCGAAUCCUGCCGAACGAAGUAAUGGAGAGGCGACAGGAGUACGAUCAUCUGUGGAAGACGUUUUUGAUGAUACUUACAAAGAAAGAGAAGGUCCUAAACCGCCAAUGCAGAUAGUAUGGAGAAACGUUAUAUUAAUGGGUUUUCUGCAUAUAGGAGCUCUGUAUGGAUUCACAGUUCUACCCUCCGCCUCAGUAUUGACCUUGGCGUGGUCGGCGGUGUGCUUCUUGAUUAGCGCGCUAGGAGUGACGGCAGGCGCCCAUCGGCUGUGGAGCCACCGCUCGUACAAAGCCUCCCUGCCCCUGAGAGUCUUCCUCGCCUUCGCCAAUUCCAUGGCUUUUCAGAACGAUGUCUACGAGUGGGCUCGGGAUCACAGAGUCCAUCACAAAUACUCAGAGACUGACGCUGACCCCCAUAAUGCCGUGCGGGGCUUCUUCUUCUCCCACAUCGGCUGGCUGCUGGUGCGGAAGCAUCCGGACGUGAUUGAGAAGGGGAAGAAACUGGAGCUGGCCGAUCUGAGGGCUGAUAAAGUGGUCAUGUUCCAGAGAAAGCAUUACAAGCUGUCGGUGCUGCUGAUCUGUUUCGGAGUGCCCAUGCUGGUGCCCUGGUACAUGUGGGGGGAGUCCCUGUGGGUGGCGUACUUCGUGCCGGGACUCCUUAGAUACACCGUCGUCCUCAACUCCACCUGGCUGGUCAACAGCGCCGCCCACAUGUGGGGGAACAGGCCCUACGACAAGACCAUCAACCCCCGAGAGAACAAGUUCGUCUCGUUCAGUGCCAUAGGGGAAGGGUUUCAUAACUACCACCACACAUUCCCCUUUGACUACUCCACCAGCGAGUUUGGCUACAAGGUGAACCUGACCACCUGUUUCAUCGACCUCAUGUGCUUCCUGGGCCUGGCCUCGGACCGCAAGAAGGCGUCCCGCGAGGUCGUUCACGCCCGCAUCCAGCGCACGGGCGACGGCAGCCCCCGCAGUGGCUAGCCGAAAGCCGCUCGGCCCGCCACGGCAACCACAGUACGGCUUUGACAUCUCACCAGUUCAGCCAUUUCCCCAGGUAGUUCAGAUUAAUAUUGGCUUUAAUGAACCUGGCCCUUCAAACGAUGUUCUCACAAUUAAUUUCUGAAUCGGUAGCGCUUGCGUGUGUUUUGACGGGGAAGACGUCUGUUAGCCAGAGGUACUCGGGCGACCGGUUCCUUGGAUGGUCAGCCCAGGGGUUGGGUCCACGUAGAGUGGCUGGUUGUGGACCGUGUCUGGGCUCUACCCUGGCCAGAGGACUGGUCAAAAUCCAUGAUAUUUCACACAUUUCUCUAGACAAAUUGUAAUCUAUGGAGUAAUUCAUGAUCCAUACUUCAUAACUUGGGUACAGCUAAUUUCAAGUUUAAUUUUUUAGCAAACCUGUUUCCACAUGCAGAAGCCACAGGUUAGGAUUGUCAGUUAUUUGGUCAUACGUAUUAGAACAUGUUAAACAGUUUGUGUACUUUGACUAAGCUGUUGAAUGCUUCUGGGGGCAGGCUCCUCUUCAAAUUGAAGGAUGUCUUCCUCCGGAUGGGUGCUCACAUCCCACCAGGAUAAGCUGUCCAACUGCCAGUGCUGACUUGUUGGCCAAAAUGAAGUUGUAUUUAUAGUAAUUAUGCAGACAGCAUAAUCAUUUCACGGUCUUACUUUUUUGGAGGUGCUCGGGUUGCUUGUGCUGCUGUUUGCACACGCAAGUCCUGUGGUCUUUCAUUUUCAAGCGGUUCGGUUUAGGCUCUGUCUGUUUGUGGCCGAGCUCCUGCCCACAAAGGUGGACUGGGAGAACGCGGCACUCAGCACAGUUACAGUAACUCUUGGUUCACAAGCCUCCUCUGCCCUGAAGACCUUUGCUAGAUGCUCAGUGGGGUUGUGUUGCAAGUGCAUUGGUCGGGAAGAUGGCUGAAAUGGAACCUGACAAAAGAGUGCUUCCUCUUCAUUUCUUCUGUUGGCCAAACUUUUCAGAAGUUUCAAAAUGGCCGAUGGCUGGUUCGCCUUAUUGUAUUUCGGUAAUCGGAGCCCAACCGAGUCAGGAAACCACAUUUUCCCCGUGCCUUAUGACUUCAGUCCUUUUCCUGAUCGUUCUUCUACCAAGGGAAUGGACUUCUGUUAACUGGACAAAAAAAAUCCAUGUUUAUCAGGUUUUCCGAGGGGAGAAACAAGCAGUCCCUUUCUCAGACUGCAGUCUUCAGUGUUUUAAUUUUGGAUAACUGGCGAGUCUUUCAGAUGUGUCGGGUUCAGAGGGAAAGGCUUGGCCAUUUGUCUUAAACCUGAUGGGAGUGUUGCUAUCGGUGACUGAGUUCUUUGCUACAAUUAUGAGCAAACUAAAGCACUUACUAAACUCCAAAAAUGGCUUUGUGACAGACUUGCUUCCCUCGCGAUAAUCAAUAAUCCAAAAAGAACUGUUGCUAGCCUGUGUUCUUCAGGGACAAAUUAUUUGUAUUUUGUAACAUGUGUGUACUGUAGUUUCUUAGUAACAUUUAAACAGUGUUUUGAACUAAACUGAACUAAAAAAAAUAAAAGUAAAUAAAAAAGGCCUUGCCCUAUUGUUUUGCAGUGCAAUUUUCCCCCCUGUGUUAACCUUGAAUUCAGAAUGCCUUAAAAAUGAAACACUUUGGCAAGGAAUGUUAUGACCUGUAUGUACUGUAAAUGUACACACAUUUUCUACAAGAUCGAAAGUAUACUGUUGUGUUAUACUGUGGUAAUCAAUUUCUUUUCAUAAUCAAAUAAAAGAAAUUA